UGGCAUGUUGGCAUUAUCGGACACAGUCGAACAAAAUACUGUAUUUUUUCAUAACUAAGAGGAAACGUUCAACACUGCUUACUGGAAAACCUGCAAGAGGCGGCGAAAUCAAAUCCAAAGAUGGCGGUUUAUUUUAUUGGUGUCGAUGUUGGAACGGCGAGUGUACGGGCUGGCAUUUUUGAUCAAACUGGCCGAUUAGUUAAAAGUUCAGCUCACGAAUUAAAAAUCUGGAGUCCUAAAGGGACAAGUGGAAACUAUUACGAACAAUCGUCCGACAAUAUUUGGGAGUCUUGCUGUAAAGUUAUUAAGGAAGUUGUGGAAAAUGUGAAUCCAGAAGAUGUAGCUGGGAUCGGAUUUGAUGCCACUUGUUCUUUAGUUGCUUUAGACAGCAAAGAUAAACCAAUAACUGUUAGCCCAACAGGAAAUAAUCAGCAAAAUGUUAUCAUGUGGAUGGAUCACAGGGCAUCUCAGGAGGCGGAAGUCAUUAAUGCCCUAAACCACUCUGCCUUCAAGUAUGUUGGAGGAAAAGUUUCUCUUGAGAUGCAGCUUCCAAAACUUCUGUGGCUUAAAAGAAAUCUCUCGGAAAGUUGGUACCAAACAAAAAAAUUUAUGGACUUGCCAGACUUCCUGACAUGGAAAGCCACCAACAGUGAAUCCAGGUCUUUAUGUAGUGUAGUUUGCAAGUGGAACUAUAUUAUUGAUGAGGCAGGGUAUCAUGGUUGGCCGGGUGACCUAUUUGAACUAAUAGGUUUAAAAGAUCUUUUAGAUGAAAAUGCAAAUACAAUUGGAAGCAACAUAAAAUUUCCGGGCACACCCCAGGGUUCUGGCUUGACAUUAGCUGUUGCCCAAGAACUUGGAUUGAAACCUGGCACUCCAGUAGCUACUUCCCUUAUUGAUGCUUACGCAGGGGCCUUGGCAUUGUUUGCUUGCCAUGCAGAUGUUCCACUAGAACAGAGAUUAGCCCUCAUUUGCGGCACUUCAACGUGCCACAUGCUGAGCGUUUCCCAGCCGACGUUUAUCGACGGAGUAUGGGGUCCGUAUGCUGACGUUUUAUUGCCCGGCAUGUGGUUGCUAGAAGGCGGACAGAGCGCUACAGGAAAACUGUUGGACCAUAUCGUCGAGACUCAUCCUUCUUAUCCGUCAUUAAAGGAACGAUUACCUGCAAAUACUUCGAUUCCUGAAGAACUAUCGCGAAUGCUUUAUGCUAUGUCACUCCCCACCGGUCGUCCCCUGUCGAAUUUGACAAAAGAUAUCCAUGUAUGGCCGGAUUUUCAUGGAAAUCGUUCCCCAUUAGCCGAUCCCAAUAUGAAAGGCAUGGUUUGUGGUAUGACGUUGGACGUGUCGGAAGAGAACUUGGCGUUGCUUUACUUGGCUACCAUUCAGGCUUUAUGCUAUGGAACUCGCCAUAUUAUUGACUGCAUGGGUCGAAGCGAUUUGGAAAUUGGAAGUUUGAUGCUUUGUGGCGGAUUGACCAAAAUAGAAUUGUUCGCUGUGACUAUGGCUGAUGCGAUUGGUCUACCAGUCGUACUUCCACACAAGAAAGAAACCGUUUUACUCGGAUCAGCAAUGUUGGGAGCUAGCGCUUCGACUCACUUCGCCUCGCUUAAUGAAGCCAUGGCCAAUAUGGGUGGCCAUGGAAGAACAGUUCAUCCCAGUCAACAAGAUAAACAGUUUCACGAUCGAAAGUAUCAGGUGUUUAUGAAAAUGCUGCAGGACCAAAAGGAAUAUAAAAGCAUUAUGGACUCCAAUUAAACAGUAAGUGAACCGACAACAUUCCUUUUCAAUCAACCCGAUGACCGCACGCCCAUCCUGCAUGGACUAACAAUUCAACUUAGUUUCGUUCAACUGAACGGUUAUUUUUAAGUAGCAUGAUGUAUACAAAUUGGGAAUAUGUGUAAAUAGAUAGUAGUUAAGGUAGAUGUA